AUGUACAAAACGAGAUUACAAAAGCUGAAAAAUGCUGUUAACAAAAUAAAUGCUGCUAAUGAAAUUACAUCUAAGACAAAACAACAAUUACUCGAAACCAAAUCAUGUGAUAAGUUGCAAAAUAACCUUAUAUUUCUUCCAAAAUAUGAAUCUACAAAAUGUCUAAAUAGAGAGGAACGUGAACAAGUGUUGGAUUCCAAACACGUGCUAUUGAAUGAUACGACUUUAAAUGAUUCCUCUGAAAGUGAACCUAAAACUAGCGGCAGCGAGUAUAUUCCAUCGUCUCAUUGUUCAGACAGUCCGCCAUCUAAGAAGAUACACGUUAUUCAAAAUAUCGUAAUUAGCGAAGGAAAUUUGAAUAUAUUAACUGAAAAUAAUCAAAGCGAUAAAAGUUUUGUUAUAAACAAGUAUCUUACAAGCCUCAACUACAGUGAAAGCCAAAAACCUAUUGAUAUAAUAUCUAAUUGUAAUGAUGAAGAUUUAGCUGUUAGUGAAGGGUUAAUUUUAAACCACAAUGGAAAUAAAAUCGUUAACGUAACUGAAUUAUCUGAAAAUAUUUCUAAUUGCAAUAAUAAAGAUCUACCAGCAAGUGAUGGGUUAAAAACACACUAUGAGACAUCUGAGAAAUUCAGUAACAAUAUCAAAAAUCGUGACAGUGGAGGUACAACAAACAGUUCUCAGCUUACUGAUAAGUCCAUAACGUACAGGAAAAAAAAUUGUCGGAAUGAAAUUGAAAUAAAUGCAGCAAUUAGAAAAAGUGGUAAAAGAGUAAGAAAUAAAAUUCAUGCUUGUUACUACUGUAGUAAGCAAGUUAUACUUAUGGCAAGACACUUUGAAACCGUUCAUUCCGAAGAAUCAGAAGUAAAAAAAUGUUUACUUCAUCCCAAGGGUUCUCAAAAGAGAAAGCAAGCUUUCUUAGAAUUGAUUAGGGUGGGAGACUUCUAUCACAAUUGCAACGUUCUUUCUACAAAAAAAGGUCAGCUGAUAGUAAUUAGACGGCCAACAGCAGAUGAAGCACAAUUUGUUAGUGAUAUCAAUUAUGGUCCUUGUCCCAACUGUCUAGGAUUUUUAUUGAAAAAACAUAUCUGGCAUCAUGUGAAAUAUACAUGCAAGGAAAAAGUUAAUAUUGAUGACCAGAAAGAAUCCCGUCAUGUUAUUGCCGAAAGCAAUGCUCUCGUAGCUGAUAUAUUCGGAAUUGGUUUUACUAAAGAUUUCACAAAUUCAAUAAUAUCAAAGUUUAAAAACGAUGAAAUUGGUAACACCUGCAACAAUGAUAUUUUGAUAUUGAAAUAUGGAGCCAUGCAGUACGAGAAGUAUGGUGAUACUCAAAACGAGUUAAUAAGACAAACCAUGAGGCAGCUAGCUCGUUUAGUUAUAUCCCUUAAGAGAUUAACUAACAGUAGGUCGCAAACGCUUGGCGAUUUUCUGGUUCCUGAGAAAUUCGAUGUGGUUGUUCAAGCAACUAAAGACAUUAGUAUGACCACGGCAGCUAGUAGUAACUGUAGACCAGAAUUUCAUACUCCGAGUUUAGCUUUAAAAUUGGGUUAUGCUCUUAAGAAAUGUGUGGCUAUUCAGAGAGGCAGUGCUUUAAGAACAGGAAAUAUGACAAAAAACAAGUCAUUGUUAUCAUUCCUUCAGCUGAUGAAAAUGGAAUGGAGCAUACGAAUAUCUUCCAAUGCUAUAUCCACACUUUACCGAAGAAAAUUGAAUUCCACUCAACUUUUGCCAAUUACGACCGAUUUAGUGAAACUUAGUAAUUAUAUCGAUACAAACAUGUUAAAGGCUAAACAAGAAUUAAUGCAAGACUACACUAAUAAUUAUAAGUGGACACGGCUUGCAACAUUAACUUUAUCUAGAAUAAUAUUGUUUAAUAAACGCAGAUCGGGUGAAGCAGCAAAAAUGAAGCUAACUGAUUAUAUUUCCCGACCAACUUGGGCAGAGCAAAAUACGGACGAAAUAAAAAAUUCUCUCACAAUAAUCGAAAAAAAACUGGCAGAGUCAUUGACAGUAGUGGAAAUUGAAGGGAAACGUGGCAAAAAGGUCCCAGUAAUCCUAACUCCAAAUACGAAACAAUGUAUUGAUAUUUUGAUUCAACAUAGAGUUACAUGUGGUAUUUCAAGUCAAAAUGUAUACAUUUUCGCCAGAUCUAAUCCAUCUAGUUCAAAUCUUAGGGGGCGUGAUUGCUUGAAAAAAAUAUGUGAAGAAAUUGAUUUGCAGAAUCCUUCAGCAAUAACGGGAACAAAGUUGCGUAAAUAUGUAGCAACUGUAUGUCAACUAUUUGACAUGUCAGAAAAUCAAUAUGACUGGUUAGCUCGUCACUUAGGUCAUGACAUCAAAGUACAUCGUGAUUUUUACAGAAUGCACGAAAGUGCGAUUGAACUCACCAAAGUAAGUCGAUUGCUUAUAGCUGUUGAUAAAGGUGAAGUGAACAAGUUUGCUGGAAAAUCUAUUGACGAAAUAGAAAUUAAAGAUCUGCCUACUUUAGAAGAAGAUGAGGAAGAAGAACCAGAAGCUGAACCGGAAGGUGAAGCAGGAAUUGAUGAUGAUGAAAAUGUUCAGACCAUUCACAAAACAAAAUUAACCAAAGCAAAAAAGUCCAAAAAGAUUUCCAGAGGUCCAGUUCCAUGGACGAAUCAAGAAAAGGAAGCCGUCUGCAAUUAUUUUAAACUUAAUAUUAAGAAGGGAAUUGUACCAAACAAAAAAGAAUGUGAGAAAUGCAUUGAGCUACAUCCCAUAUUAGUUGAAAGAUGUUGGUCAAAGAUUAAAUUUUGUGUUAAAAAUGAAAUUACUAAACUUAUGCGCAUUAAAAAUAGCAAAAAGUAA